AUGGUACCCGAUACACAAGAGGAGCGAGGCGAGCAGGCUCGUCUUUCCGCCUUCGUUGGCGCCAUUGCUAUUGGUGAUCUGGUCAAGAGCACGUUGGGUCCGAAAGGUCAGGACAAGAUUCUCCAGAGUGCUUCAACCGGCAGCAUCCUUGUGACCAACGACGGCGCAACAAUUCUUAAGAGCAUAGCUUUGGACAAUGCGGCAGCGAAGGUGCUUGUGAACAUCAGCAAAGUACAGGAUGACGAGGUUGGAGAUGGCACAACGAGUGUGGCCGUUCUAGCAGCAGAGCUAUUACGAGAAGCAGAAAAGCUCGUCGAUCAGAAAAUCCACCCACAAACGAUCAUCGAAGGCUACAGAAUAGCCAGCGCCGCGGCGUUGAAAGCUUUGGAGGAGAGUGCAACCGAUCACAGUGCCGACCCAGUGGCUUUCCGACAAGAUCUAAUCGCCAUCGCGAGAACGACGCUGAGCUCGAAAGUGCUCAGCCAGGACCGAGAGUACUUUGCAGAGCUUGCCGUCGAUGCAGUGCUCCGCAUGAAGGGAUCGACGGACCUGACACACAUUCAGAUCAUCAAGAAGGCUGGCGGCAAACUCUCCGACUCAUAUCUUGACUCAGGUUUCAUUCUUGACAAGAAAUUCGGAGUAAACCAGCCCCGAAGGAUCGAGAAUGCCAAAAUCCUCGUUGCAAACACUAGCAUGGAUACGGAUAAAGUCAAGAUCUUUGGCGCCCGAGUGAAGGUCGAAAGCACAGGCAAACUUGCGGAACUUGAGAAGGCCGAGCGGGAGAAGAUGAAGUCAAAGGUUGAGAAGAUCAAGGCCCAUGGCAUCAACUGCUUCGUGAACCGACAGUUGAUCUACAAUUGGCCUGAGCAGUUGUUUGCAGAUGCUGGCAUUGCAUCAAUCGAGCAUGCGGACUUCGACGGUGUCGAGCGUCUGGCUCUAGUCACUGGCGCAGAAAUCACAAGCACAUUCGACCACCCUGAACACGUCAAGCUUGGGCAUUGCGAUCUGAUCGAGGAAGUCAUCAUUGGCGAGGACUCUUUGAUUCGUUUCUCCGGCGUCGCUGCCGGCCGUGCGUGCACAGUGGUUCUUCGCGGCUCGUCUGAGCAACUGCUUGACGAGGCGGACCGCAGUCUGCACGACGCUCUUGCCGUCCUGAGUCAAACUGUCAAGAACCCGAGGACCACCCUUGGUGGCGGUUGUGCAGAGAUGCUCAUGGCAAAGGCUGUGGACCAAGCUUCACAAAAUGUUGCCGGCAAGAAAGCAUUAGCAGUGGAUGCAUUCGCUAAAGCUCUGAGGCAGCUGCCCACGAUUCUCGCCGACAACGCCGGUUUAGACUCAGCAGACCUUGUAGCUCGUCUACGUAAAGCCGUCUACUCGGGCAUGUCAUCAUCCGGCCUAGAUCUCAUGAGCCCUGGCGGUGGCAUUGCCGACAUGCGACAGCUGGGUGUGAUCGAAAGCUACAAAUUGAAGAGGGCCGUGGUGAACAGCGCGAGCGAGGCGGCGGAGCUACUGCUUCGCGUGGACAACAUCAUCCGCGCAGCCCCCAGGAAACGAGAGCGGAUGUAG